GCACAUCAUUCUUUGGUCGCACGCUGUCUGCAUGACUUCUGCGUCAGGGGAUCGUGGCAUAAAAGCAGCCCGGUGAGGAAGUGCAUAUGCAAUGCAGUGAGUUUUCCCGCAGGGAGCACUGCUUCUUGAUCCGUACACUUACAACGGAACCAGACACGUGCAGGAACCAGUGGACGGCUGACAUUCCGCAAAGACUUCUCGCUAAGGAAGGCGACUCUGCGAGACAACGGUGAACGCGCCUAACCACGCCUCGCAGCGACCACAGUCACCAACAAGCUUCACCGAAGACCUCGCGUGCCAUCUCGCCAAGCCGCGUCCACACGUAAAUCCACAUGGCGGUGUCCUCAUUAGCAUCUCUACUUGAACUGUACCAUCACGUGUGGUCCUUCCGAGACCCCAGGGUAGAAGGAUGGGGCGUAGUGACUGAGGGCCGCCUCAUCAUACCGCUCCUGUUUGCAUACGUGUACCUGGCCAAAAUCGGCGGCCCCCGAUGGAUGAAGAAUCGCGAACCGUACAAGCUUCGAAGCGCGAUCCUGGCGUACAACUUCAUGAUGGCGUUGGUGAACGCCUACUUCUGUUACCGGUACGCAAGAUUAACGUACUUCGGCGGCGGCUACAACUUCAUCUGCCAGGGCUUCAAGAAUGACGAGCAUUCUGUAGAGGUGGUGCACUUGAACUAUUGGUACGUAUACGUCCGCAUCGCCGACUUCCUCGACACGUUCUUCUUCGUGGCCCGCAAGAAGUUCUCGCAGAUAUCGGCGCUCCACGUCAUCCAUCACUUCCUCGUGGUGCUCAGUGGUUGGGUGUGGCUCAACUUCGGCAACGAGGGCCAGGGAAUACUGGGACUGAUCAUAAACCAAGCUGUGCACGUGAUUAUGUACACGUACUACUUCCUGGCGGCCCUUGGACCGGCAGUGCAACCAUACCUGUGGUGGAAGAAGUACCUCACCCGCCUGCAGAUUGCGCAGUUCAUAUUCGUCGUUGUGCACUUCACUGUUCCGAUAUUCUACGACUGCGGCUAUCCAAAGGCAUUGGCACUGUUUGGCAUCGCGCAGUUACUGCUCGGACUCGCAUUGUUCAUCAACUUCUACGUCCAGACAUACAUCCGAAAAAAGGGCGCCAGUAAGGAAACGUCGUUGGCCAAUGAAAUGCUUCUGGUGCCCGGAAUUCUGGUUCUGCUCGCCGCAUUUGCGCAAUCCAAGAGUGACCCCGACCAGCUGCCGCUAGGAAUUAAGGGACACGGUAUCAUGGACCUGCACAAAGGAGACACUGCUCUUGUAUUCUACGUGACGGUGAGCAACCUAGGCCACGACCCCCUCUCCCUAUCUCUCGUGAGCCGCUCGUGUUGCCAGCAAGUUGCUCCGGGUGACGUCGACUGUGACUCUAUGUUGCUGAUCGGAGGUGACAUGGGAGACAUUUACCCGGGUGACAGCCAGAACCUCACGGCCUACUACCCAAAUUUGUACCUCGUGGACCGGGUGGGUUACUGCGAGUUGGAGAUCGCAGCACCGGAUGGCGAGAAGCUGCUUCACACGGUGACCUUCAACACGACCGUGCCCAGGGGAGGACACAGUGUGCCUUCUUUUCUUCGUGGUAAGUGA